GACAAGAAGACUCAGCCUAUUCCACCGGCAGCUACAGCCCUCCCCCUCCCGGCGCCGAAGAUCCCCAGUACUUUCCUCAAACGAACUACUUUCCCCCACCACCAACCCAACCUGUAGACUACAGCAACAACAACAACAACUACCCACCCUACAACCCCGCCGACUAUCCUCCCCCAAACAACGGCUACUCGCCCUCAAACGCUGGCCACAUCCACCCCGCCACGGGUUACACCCCACCACCGCCCGAGCCGGGCAACCCCUACGCGCAUCAGGACCCCCGCUACCGCCGCCCGGAUGACAAUGUGAGUGCUCGCGAUCCUCCCCUCCCCGAGCACGUGCACGCUUCUCGUUUCGAUCGUCUAGGCGCGCAGCAUGCCAACUCGCCCAUUCACAACGUUCCGUCUCCCAUUCAUUCGGCGUCUCGCGAGACCGAGACAACGAUUCAGCCGGAGCCGGUCAAGCCCGCGAGCGAGAAGAGCGUC